UCUCCAUGCGUGAUUGCUUGAUUUGAAAUCCAUUCAUUUUGGAUAUUCCAUUUCAGCCGGAAAAUCCCCAACUCUCCGGAUUUCCGAACACUAACGGUCCUUCAGAAAAUGGCAGAUGAUAAGAAAGAGUCAACGUCGUCGUCGAGUUCGCCGCGCCGGAGCGACCACCACCACCACCAUCUCCACCAUCAGUUGGGGCAAGAAGAUCCCGAAGAUCCUGCUAAAUCUCCUCCUAAUUCCCCCAAUUCCUCUACUCGCAAGGCUUGCUAUGCUGUUCUGCAAAGUUGGGUUUCCAAGAAGUUCAUGACUGGAUGUGUUGUUCUCUUCCCUGUGGCGGUUACUUUCUUCAUUACAUGGUGGUUUAUUCAAUUUGUUGAUGGUUUCUUCAGUCCCAUCUAUGAAAGGCUUGGCAUCAAUGUAUUUGGACUUGGAUUCAUCACAUCAUUAAUAUUUGUAUUUUUCAUUGGUGUUUUUGCCUCAUCAUGGUUUGGUGCAACUGUCUUCUGGAUAGGGGAAUGGUUUAUCAAGCGAAUGCCCUUUGUAAAACACAUAUACUCUGCAUCCAAACAAAUUAGUUCUGCUAUAUCUCCAGAUCAAAAUACCACUGCUUUUAAGGAAGUUGCAAUCAUCCGUCACCCCCGAGUUGGUGAAUAUGCGAUUGGUUUCAUAACGUCAUCACUUGUUCUUCAGACUCAUAAUGGCGAUGAAGAGUUAUGCAGUGUGUAUGUCCCUACAAAUCAUUUAUAUAUUGGAGACAUAUUUCUAAUUAAUUCCAAAGAGAUCAUAAGGCCUAAUUUGUCUAUUCGAGAAGGCAUAGAGAUCAUUGUUUCAGUGGGAAUGUCGAUGCCUCAAAUGAUUUCUCCUAUGGAUACAAUUACACGUCAGGACGAGAGGAUCCCUCUGAACAGAAUGGUGAAGUAAAUGAGAAAGUGAAGAUCGAUGUGUAUUUUGUGAUUUAUAUAUACCACACUGAUGUAUUAUUAUUAGUUUUGAAGAUAGGUAUCAUGCCGGUUAUUUUGUUGGUAUAGAAUCAGUUGGGUGAGUGCUAAUGUGUGUGUUUUUAAUGGAACUCCGAGCUGGAGGAAUUGUGUAUAGGUACCAAAUCAUCAUCAACAUCUGAAUAUUUUGAUCAAUGCUUAAAUCCUUUUUUAAAGAAAUUUUCA